GCCGCACCCUCUCUUUAUUCCCUCUGCUUCCCAAAUCUCUCCCACGACUCGAGCUCCCAGCGCGAUCGCUUCUACUAAAACUCCAUCGAACGCCCUCCCUAGCCUCCAAUUUGGUCCGCAUCUCGAGCAUGGGCGAGGAAGGCCCCGCCACGAGUGGCGAUCCUGAGACCAGGAAGAGGGCGAGGGAGGAGGGAGAUUUGAAGCGGGUGGCGGAGAUCGUGAUGGUUUUGUCUGCCAUGGGACAGUUGCGCGGCGGGAAGGAGCCUACGGCGGCCGAGAAGGCGCUGGUGGCCGAGGCGAGGGAGAGGCUAGUGAUGAUCUGCGAGGCCAUCAGGCCGAAGGAGCUAUUCUCAACGGAGGCCGUCAGGGUCGUGGCGGAUGAUCUCGGGCUGAGCAGGUCCAAGGAUCCUGGUCUGGGAUUCCGGCCGCCUAAGAUGUCGAUUGCAGAGAAGUUGUUGCUGACCAAGAAAAAGAUGGAUGAAUCCAAGGAAACAAGUGUGCAUUCAACCGUUCUUCCACCUCAACAAUUUCCAUUAGGCUUUGGUGUAAAAUCUGAUUCUUGUGGCACGUUGGCUCAUGAUGCUGGAGGGUUUCAUUCACCUAUAUCUCGUGUUCCUGUGCUAGCUUGUGCUGCUUCUCCUUUGAAGCAACUGCAUGUUAGUAAUGUGCAGUCUGGUGUUAAUAACAUAAAGCAUUCAUCUGGUCCACUUGAUAAGGGUUGGCCUGCAGCGCAUACUGGAUUAAAUGUUAGAUCCAGUGGGCCAUCUUAUGUAACACAAGAUCAAGUUGAAAAUUUACCAAAGAAAAGUUCAACCAUCUCUUCCAUGCAAUCAUCUUCUGUUGCUGCUGUUGCAAGGUUUGGCCAACCAACCAAAUGGUUGGAUCAUAGUUCAAUUAAGUCUGAGGGAGCUGCUGGUGUAAAUGCAGUCCAAGCUUCCCAUCAGAUGAAAAAUCAGGAUAUCAAGUCCUCUGUAAUCCAAGCAGGACAAGGAGGCCUGCAUAUUCCACAUCAGCCUCCUCAAGGUGUGGCGUUCAUUCACACACCUGCUCUUUAUACAAAUCAUAAUGACAUUGCUACAAGCGUGCAGAAGAUUUUGCAACCAAAGGUUCCAGAUCAUCCAAGUUGGACGCCUCCAUCAAGUGAGUACAUGAAUGCUCCUCUAAAUUGCCAAAUAUGCAACAACGUGAUUGCAGACAUAGAAAGUCUGCUUGUGUGUGAUGCUUGUGAGAAAGGAAACCAUUUGAAAUGUCUUCAAUCUUACGGUAGCAGAGCCGUCUCCAAGGCAGAAUGGCACUGCCCAAACUGCUUGGCAUCAAGCAAUGGAAAGCCCUUGCCCCCCAAAUAUGGGAAGGUUACACGAGCUCCUGUUCCAGCACAAAAAGUUGCUCCCAAUUCUGCUGCUUCUAAGAAAACAGAAGAUUCAGGCCCUAAGGUUAGUCAACUGAAAGCAAUAGCUAAUGGGAAUUCUGAUGUGUCUCAAAAUUCAAGUUCUGCAAAUGAGGGUGGCAGCCAUUAUGAUUCAAUGGCA